AUUCACCACUGAGUCACAUGAUCUUUCCCGUCCGCCAUUUUCUUUUUGGAUAUUUACUUCCGACACUUCCGUACUGUAGAAGGUGGAGCUGAGAAGAUGUCAGAAUCUUACGAUUUCCUGUUCAAGUUCCUUGUGAUCGGAGCGGCGGGAACAGGGAAGUCCUGUAUCCUGCACCAGUUCAUCGAGAGCAAAUUUAAGCAGGACUCGAGCCACACCAUCGGGGUGGAGUUCGGCUCCAAGGUGGUGAACGUCGGCGGCAAGUCUGUCAAGCUGCAGAUCUGGGACACUGCAGGCCAGGAGAGAUUCAGGUCUGUGACCAGAAGCUACUACAGGGGAGCUGCAGGGGCCCUGCUGGUGUAUGACAUCACAAGCCGAGAGACGUACAACCAGCUGACGAACUGGCUGACAGACGCGAGAACGCUGGCCAGCCCCAACAUCGUGAUCAUCCUGUGCGGAAACAAGAAGGACCUGGACGCCGACAGGGAAGUCACAUUCCUGGAGGCCAGCAGAUUCGCGCAGGAAAACGAGAUCAUGUUCCUUGAGACCAGUGCCCUGACAGGGGAGAACGUGGAGGAGGCUUUCCUCAAGUGUUCCCGGUCCAUCCUCACCAAGAUCGAAUCAGGCGAGCUGGAUCCGGACAGAAUGGGAUCUGGGAUCCAGUACGGAGACGCGUCGCUGCGUAGGAUCACCAGACAACCGCAGCAGCAGAGAAACCCCCACUGCACCUGUGGGUAGAAACAGCAGCAGUCAUCCCGAGCUGCGUGGGACAACCGCCGACCGUCAGGGGAUACAGACAACAUGCCACAAAUUAUUAAGGAGGUUUAGAGACAGCAGGAAGCGGGGCUCUAGCCAGCACACGUUUUUCCGUCAAUCGCAGUCAAUUGCGGCCCGUGACAGCAAAAUUUUUGCGAACCAAUCCGUCACAGUUGACAAAAAUUUAAAUCUGCGGUAAAAAUAUAAAAACAUCCAAAGGACAACAAAGACACCACUCUUGACCCCAUGAUUUGUCAUUCAGAAAGUGGGAAAUAGUGUUUUUAGAGGCUUGAAAAUCCAAAAUUUGCCCACAGCCCCCAACUAGAUUGCAAACAGUCUCCCCCAGAUCCAGUCUCAUAACCUGGACUGACGGAAAAAACAUUUGAGCUGGCUAGAGCCUUGGCAGAGAGUUGUGUAUGUCACAGAGGAACAAUAUUACUGCUUGUGCAUUGUAGGAUACUAAUGUUGACGUAAUGUUAGCACAGAGUACUGUAUGUACCUAUUGUAUGUUAUAUUCCCGUAUGAGAUAAUGAUUGUAUGCUGGACAUGAUUGAUUAAGACUUCAAUAGAUGUGAUUGAGAUGUAACUUAUUACUGGGUAGACCUUUUGUAGUAACUGUGGUUAGGCCACACCAAUUUAAUUUCU